UCACAACUGACGAUCCUUCAUGGCCCAAAGUGUGGUGUAUGCUGACAUAAAUCUUACUGGUGGACAAAAGACUGAAAACAGACAGCGGCGUUCAGCUAAGGAAGGAAAACGGAGAUGCUGGAUAACUUGUGGUGUGGUUGUUUGCUUCUUGGUGGCAUCCGGGAUAACAAUCAUAAUUAUGGCCAUCAAAGUUUCUGAAGGAGAUCACACACAGCAAACUGAAUCAAAUAAAUCCUAUAAAUGCUGUCCUGAUCUGUGGAUUAAACGCAGAAAGAACUGCUACUACUUCUCUGUGAAUAAAACAACAUGGGAGAGAAGCAGCUGGCAGUGUAAGUCUCAUGGAAGUCAGCUGGCUGCGGCAGAGGAUGAGGAGGAGUUGGAUUUUCUCAUUGACUACUGCAGAUCUUAUUUCACUUUCUGGAUUGGACUCAAGAGACACCCUAAUGAGGGCUGGACUUGGACUAAUGAGCAGCUUUUCAAUCUCACCUGGAAGACCAACGUUCAAGAAGAGAGUGGAGACUGUGCCUGUGUGCUAAAGCAGUCUGUUCAAAGUAAGACCUGCAGCACAGACCUUCACUGGGUUUGUAAGAAACCAUUAGAAAAUUAGAACAUUACAGUCCUUCCAACACCACAGGCAUCUGCAGAGUGCUUGGUUCAGAUGGCAGCGGCUAAAAUAACCACCAUCCCAGAAAACUGGAAAAGAUAACAGGGAAUAGAAGAAGUUACCAUUAAUUUCAAAUGCAAGAAGUAAAUUAUAUUUCUGUGCAAAUAUAAUGUAUUGCUAUUCCAACUAAAAAGUCAAGUUAAAAAGUAAGAUUUUCAAAAAAUGUUCCAUGGUAUUAGCCUGGUGCAUCUCUGUUGGUAAGACAUUUCAAGACUUUGGUAUCAGUGUUUAAAAAGAAAUGGGUCUGUAAAAUGUAUAAUUAAUAGGAUUUUUGUAUUUGUUAAGAAAAACUGAUGGAUAUUGAAUUAUUCCUUAGCCACAAGUUUUUCGACGGUGAAGAAAAUGAAAUCUGUCCUUUAUAUUUGACAGUGCUCUCACUACGUCCUAGAUUCAAUUUAACUUUUAAAACAGUUUCACUUGUAAAAUGCUAUUCAACUAUUUGGAGACCUCAGUGUCGUAAUUACAUUCACCCAGUCCUGUUUAUGAAGAACCUAAGGGGGCAGAACCACCUGAUUGUGCCACCUGAAGUAUAAAUUAUGAAGCAGCUAUGGCAUUGCUCUGUUUUUAAUUACUGUAUUCUGUUGAUUUCUGGAUUCCCUUUAA